AUCUGGCAUGUGGAGGGCGUGUCCAGAACGCCUGGACUGUGAUUGUCAGAGGCGACUACAACGACGAGGGACAAAAUGUCUUCAGUGCCUAAUGGGAAAAAGCUCGUCAGGAGCCCGAGUGGCCUUCGCAUGGUGCCUGAAAACGGCGCCUUCAACAGCCCUUUCUCCUUGAACGAGCCGCAGUGGGUUCCUGAUAAAGACUGUCCCAGAUGUAUGCAGUGUGACACCAAGUUUGACUUUAUUAAAAGAAAGCAUCACUGUCGACGGUGUGGCCGCUGUUUCUGUGACAAGUGCUGCAACAAGAAGAUGGCACUGCCCCGCAUGUGCUUUGUCGAUCCGGUGAGGCAGUGUGCUGACUGCAGCCUGCUUUCACAAAAGGAGAGCGACUUCUACGACAAGCAGCUCAAAGUGCUUCUGACAGGAAGCACCUUUGUCGUCACUCUGGGAACGUCAAACAAGUCUGAAACCAUGACGUGCCGCCUCGCCAACAACCACAGGUACAUGUUCCUGGACGGGGAAAGCCACUUUGAGGUGGAGUUGUCUCGUAUCUCCAGCAUGCAGAUUCUGACAGAUGGAACUAGUCCAGGAGGUGAGAAUCAGUGCGAGAAAAUGACAUUCACACUUACACCAGCCUGCUGGACAGUCAGUGUGCUGACGAAGGAGUGCCGUCGUGGGCCAGCGGUAUGCUCGUCCACUACAAGCCAAUGGGCUGCCAGGAUCUUCAGGAGCUUCACUUGGAGGCGGUGGAUGACAAGAAGGUGGCAGCGCUAUGGCUGGCCGCCAUGCACAAGGCGGCCAAGCUGCUGUAUGAAGCGAGGGUCCAGUGAGACAACGUCCAGUCAGGCAGCGCACACACCAGACCGAGCCAUCUCUGUCCCGCCUCCUUGGCGGUCCUCCAACGUGGUCCACAUCAAUCUGGUCUCUGGUCACACAUGUUGACAGCAGAACCUCUCACAGCCAAAUGUUUUUAAUCUCUGUGGGCACAACCUUUGUACUCUUCCUGUUUACCUGCAUCAUUUUAGGACACUUGAACACAGUCCACCAUGGUGUCUCCUGAUCUUGUAAGAACCUCAGCAGGACAUCUGGUGCUCUUACUUGCUGGUUUACACUAUAACCUUCUCUUUCGUGAAGAAAAAGGCCAGAAAGUAAGCCAAACAAAGCUGGGCUUGUUGACGCAAACUAUUUGGUUGGUGUCAGUCUUCCACAUGGAGCUCAUACCUGUCAACCAUCUUGCUUUUGGCAGUUUCCUUCUUUCCAGACGCUCUCCCGUUUUAACACUUUCACAUAUUUUAACUUUCAUGAAAAAAGAACAAAAUGGCAGUAAAAUUUGCUACAAAAUAGGCAGUCAGGUAUUUAUACCAGCUGCCCAUUCCCGACCAUCUGGCUAGAAAUUUGGAAAGGGGGGGAGGGGCGGGUUUGCUCUUGUGGUUGUGGUGGAAAGACCAGAAUUUCCCUCAUUUUAUUUUACCUAAUUUUCUGAAAAAUGUCCUUUUUCAAAUGCAAACAUUGACAGGAGCUUCCUCAGUUCUUCCUGAGCAGGGGUGUCCAAACCUUUUCCACUGAGGGCCAAAUGGAAGCGUGUGGUGGCCAAAAGUGGUAGAAGACAUGUUAAAAAGUGAAAUUGCAUAAAACAAUCAAUUAGUAUGAUAGCUUCUUGCUCUCAUAGAUCUUGUCCCCCCCCCACCAUGUUUAAUUUCAUUUUCAGAAUAAAUUCAAUAAAAAUAAAUAAAUAAAUAAAUAAAUAAAGGCCCCCAAGCUGCACUUUGGACACCCUUGUUGUAGUUCUACGGUGUUGUACACCUUUUCAUGUACUUUGCUAGUAAAUUACUUGAGUCUGAGGACCUUCUCAGUGGCCUGCUCCAGGUCCAGAUGAAGUGAACCAGUCCAUCUCGGAUCCUUACACUCCAGCAGUGAACGGCAUUGUGGGUAAUGUAGGCUUAUCAGGCGACGCAAGAACACCAUCCAUGCUGUCACGUGGACUUUGGACCUUGGUCUUCAUUCCAGUGAAGACUUGAACGACUCAUGUGGAAGUUUGAUAAAAGCUAUUUUGUUAAAUCCUACUUCGAGUCAAGUGCUUACCUUUAUACAUUUUGACGUUGUCUUCCGAUGUCUUAUAAUAGCCCUAGAUGGACCUAUUUUGGAUAAAAACAACUGCAGUCACAGCAGCACAACAUUGAAGCUUGGAACUGUUCCAAAACUCCCACUUAAUGUGUCUUUGUAACAAUUUGAGACAACAGGAAGGGCACAAACAAAAGUAUCUGUUUUGUAUUUGACAACUUGACAGUUGAUGGAUGGAUACAUAGUUUGUACACCACCAUGUAUUUCUACUUUUAUAUGAGGUGAAUCAUCGAUAAUACAUUCCUGCUAACUGUCUUCUGAGAAGAUGCACACUAUUGACAUUUACUUUACUGAAUGAAGCAUUUUAAAUUGUAAUUAGCACAGAAAAUCAUAGAUGAAGAUGGAGGGCAAAAAGAAACUUGCAUGACAAAAAUCUGAAUGUUAACUUUGACACAACGUGCAGCUGCUACACACUUGGAAAUGUACUUAAACUUUAGCUUCCUUAUCACCAUAAUCAGCAACAGUUUAUUUUUCUAAGCAAAUCACUAAGUUUCUUAACAUCAGUGCAUCAAAGUUGUUCUCUGCUGCUUCAAUAAAACAUUUAAAUGUAAAUGCGGUUAAAAAAUGUCAUAUUGGGUUCAUGUAUGGGCGAUAAAUAAAAACUUGUUUCUA